AUGGUACCAGCGCAACUCAGCGUCAUGACCCAGUUCAUACUUCUUUUCCUUUCCUUGCUUGUCUCUGCCUCAGCGGCAUCCGUUACGAAGAGAGAAACUGACUACCGCCUAUUACCGGGGAAUGUCGAAGCAGGCCAAGGACAAGCUCUCAUCAUCACUUAUGAACUCUUCAACCCUGAAACGAUUCCCUACUUCAUGAAGGCAUUCAGAUCAAUGGUCAAAUUAUAUGAAAAAGAGUACGGUGUCAACUAUAUCCGUGAGGCUAGCUUCGAGAGAGUUCUGAGCGUUGAUGGAUUCGUAGCCGUUGCUUACAGCAUUUCUACCAAUUAUUGUGAUGAGAUAUCUGAGUUUCUUUCGCUGCUCAAAAUGGAGAACCCCAACCUCAUACAGUCUGCAAUAGUUCAAUGUUUAGACAAGAGGAUCGUGGUAUAG